AUGUCGAACUCAUCCAAUCAGCCCGCGUAUCAACGUUUUGAUACAGCAGAGAUUCUGGCAGAAUUCCUGGGUAAGAUACUACAGAGAUGUUUGUCAGUCUUUUGAUCCCAGAAUAACGAUUUUAUUUUACACAAUAAAACCGUUAUUGCAGUUCAGAGGCUGAGAAAAGGGCAAUAUAGAGGGGAACAUGGGUGUUUUUAUCUCUUUUAGCUAGUCGUAUUUCCGUACUUAUUUCCCAGCCAACUCCAUCCCUCUACCAUUUUUUUCCUUGCCAAUUGUGCGAUAUACCUCAUGUAGAGGAUUAUUUAGCCCUCUACAGAGAUUCUGAUGGUCGUCAAGCUGCAUAAUCGAAUUUAUUUGCUAUGCCAUGUGUGGCUGUAGCUUGAAAUCUUCAUUUCAAAACUGGGACUACUCCUUCGAGAAGAUGAAAAACGACGGCUGAAGUAAAUAUGUUAAUUACAUCAUAAUUUGUGUUUCAAGCCUUUAACCAACAAAACUGGACAGUGUUUCAUUUAGCUGUUUCGUUUUGCUCUCUUGCUUGCAUUCAGCAUUGAACCAGGCACUUUUUCCUAUGGAGUUCAGGUAUAGGGCCCGAGUCUAGUUUCACGAAAGCGAGGCUAGUUAGGCCGUUGACCAAUGAAAGCUCAAGGCUUUACUACACGUGACGUGAUUGGCUGCUGCAACUGACGUGAUAGCACUGUUUCUUCGAACUAUGACAAUACUAAAAUAUGAUUAAUUCAAUGAUGUCUUCCAUAGUUUUUGUAGCGGUUCGAAAGUCGACAGUAAACAUCUUAAAGCUUUCCAUUCGUGACUUGUAUUAUUAUUCGGUUUGACAUUUACACCCAAAUAUCCGUCACUGGAUUUCAAACUCUGGAUCAUUAGUUUAGCUUUGGAUUUAAAGGGUGUAGAACGGAAAACAAUGAAAAACCUCUGCAUGGCUUUAGGUCAGUGGAGGAGAUUGGCUGAAAGGUGCCAUUUUUUGCUCACCCUGCUUUCUUAUCCUUUCCGCUAAUAGCCGGAGAGUCUGGUACAAAACGAAGGCUGGUUAAAGAAGAAGGCUGAAAAUUAGUGUAAAGUCAAUAUUAAUGCUCGAUUCGAAGUGAGCUACCGAUAAAGUCAACUAUGAGACAUAGAUAUGUAAACAUAUUUUUUGGAACAGAUAGGAAUAAUAUAUUAUUUGUACGGAUGUAAAAGUAUGAGUGAAAUUUAUUCUUAACUAUUGUUGAUUAUUUUUACCAACUGUCCAUGAUAUCUUUUUUUUAUUCUCAUUUUAGACUCUCCUUCGGAUCAUCAUAACUUGGUUACUACGGACUCUAGCCCUGUUGUAUCGCCCAACUUUCUAUCACAGCUAGUGAUGCAUAAUGAACCACAAUACCUCAACCCCCUUCAGCCUGGUUGCCCCUCACCACCAGACAGCGAAAGAACAAACACACCUUCUCCCUUUGCAACUCACACCGUUCAAACACACGAUACCCUCCCAGAUGGGAACUUCGUUUGCGAACCCCUUAUUCCGAGUGCUGGACCGUCCGGUGCAGAUUUACGAGCGCCUUGUCAGUACCAGACUUUCAGCCUUCCGCGUGAUCGUGAAGGAGGAACCAAUUUUGGCCGAUACUCAGAUAGAAGAGUUCAGGUGACCCAUGCCCAUUGCAAUGAAGCGAAUAUCAAGAUCCUUAAUCCGCGGGCAGAAUACGACAAAGUGCAGAGAAAGCACGGACAUAGAGGGAAAUUUUCAGAGCAAAGAGUAGCAAAAGGAAAGGUAGAGCUGAAGCCUUUUCUCGCGACAGUGCAAACCUGAGAUUUGUUUUUUGAUCGAUCAAAAACUACAAUCUGAUUGGGUAUGCUACUCGCUAUCUAUUACGUGGUAGAUAGUGGGUAAAUUAAGUGAGUAGAAUAACGGUAUGCGGUUAUAGACAAAAUUAAAAUAAAACCACGGCCCUGUCUUCUUGUUAAGUUUUAAACAAACAGCAGACUUGAAUACUAUAACAAGUACUUUUUCUGGUGAUUUCUAUUUUUUUUUUCAGGCUUCGUCCUCGUUAGCUAUUUAGCAAUAGAAAUCUCGAGUUGAUGAGUAAUUGUUUUGAAAAUAUGCAGUGGUAAAAAUUGUUGCCAAGCACUGUUUUAAUUUUUUUGAUAACAAGCUUGACAAUUCUGGCUCAAUGUGGCUCUCAAUAAGUUCUUUUUAGGGUUCCUUUUUGGCUGAUUUCAGGUUGAGAUGGAAAUAGACACACAGCUGCCUCUUCGUCAACUAGAAGUUUAUGUGUUGCGUGAUUUUGAAGCUGAAAAGAAGCUCUUCGCUAAAGACCCAAAAGCAUACGGAGUAGGAGAGAUACUAUUUCCUGAGAAGGAUGUCCAAGAAAUUAAUACUCCUGGUAGGUACAGAUCAGUAACUACCGCGCCAAAUGCUUUGCAAAUACAGAGGCGAAAUUUAUUGAGAUCCUUGAUCGCUUAUUUCGGUCAAAAAUCGACUGAGUUAGAGUACUCAAUUCUCCAUCGAUGAAUUAUCCCAAAAGUUACUCUUUCCCUGAUCUCUCGGGUGAAACUCGCACAUUGCCUCUUGGAUGAAGAAUGAACAAAAAUCUGCAGUAGUAAAUUUGUAGCAUAGCAUUGGAUAUUUUCAAGGAGAUCCCUCAGGUAUUUGGAAAUAUUGUUAAUCAAAGUUAUCUAAAAUGACUGAAUAUGGUUUAUCUUAAGAAUGAGGAGUCUACGGGGGAUUCAGGCGUAGUGCUGUACCUUGUUUUCUCACAUUCUGUAUGGAUCCACUUUUGGUUCUACUUUUGCCUCCGAUUGGUUGAGUGGGUUAAGCAAGGGUCCUUAACUGAUCAGUGAUAGUUGAAAAGCAAAACCAAUGCGAUCUCGCAUUAUAUGAAAAUUGCUGUACUGGUGGUGGUGAAAAGGCUUCAGUAUGUAAAUCUUAAAACAUUUUCUCUCAGGUCAAAACCCCAAGUACGUUUGCAAAAUCGACCUUGACUCCGUGUACAAAACAGAGGAUGGUAAGGAGAUUUACCGACUGGAAAAGACGAGAGGCUUAGAAUACAACCGAUUCCAUCUAAAAGUCUUCCUCGAGUUAAACAAUGGACAGAGGUUGGUCCUUUUCCCUUAUGAGUUUGUACUAAAGAGCAGCAAGACCGUGAAAGGUAAGCACAUGGAUCCCCUAAGAUUUCUUACAGCACCAUACGCAGCAUUAGUGCAAGCAUCAAAUAAUAUCUAUCUACCUCUUGGAAAUGUAGGAGGUAAAUGUUAAUAGUGAUGAUAAUCGUAAGAUAGUGAUGUUUCCUCAGUCAGUGAUGCAGUCAUACUUAGAAUAAUGAAAUUCGCGAUACUUCCAACUGAAGUCAAAUUUGAGACCACCUGAUUCCAAGUAAUUCUUUUACUUUGGAGCGCUUUUCGAUUAAGUGCCGUAAAAUUAAGAGCAAAGAAAUCACAGCAGCAAAUCAGAGCAAAUUAAGGAAGAAGUUACCAGAGCCUUCGAGAACUCAAAAUGAAGAAAAAAGAGCGCGGAAAACGCGAGUUGCUGAGACGCCGUUGGUUCUAGUUUUGCAUUUGAUUGGUUGAGAAAAUGGCGCAAAUUUUCUGGACCAAUCACAAAGAGAAGUACAACAAAACGUAUGUAAUCCUGACUUUUUUUUGACACUCAAUUAAUUUAGCAUUGGGUUGUGGGAAACUCCCGACAGCUUGGCGUGUAAACUUGGUUUUCGUCACAAACAUUUUGCACGUAUACCAACCAUUCUGUCAUGACUUGAAUGUAGACGUGAUGCUUUUAUAUCAGUGAUGCAAUUGAAGAUGAUGCCUUUUGUUAAGCUUACUGUUCAGAUGAAAGUUUUGAUAGUGUGGGUUCACUCAAUCGAACCUCCAAGGUUCUUGAAGUGAAAAUUACCUUUGGUAGUAACUGAUGUUGAAAAAAACCAUCAUUUUGCAAUAGUUAUUUCUUUCUUUGUGUGAUAAAAGUUAAAUUUGAUGGUAAAAGUGGGGUAUUCGAAUAUUAAAGUGAUGCGAGGGAGUUUUAGAAUUCCUGAAGAGUAUCCCUUAAAAGUAUCAGUGUUUAUGUAUGCAUCCUAGGAAAAGAUGUAUAUUACCAACGGGUGUUACCCAAUGCGUUGAAAAUUUUGGAUUGCGGUAACAACUGUUUCGUUGCUCACUCUUGUGUUACUGUAGACACCACAAAUGAUACCAAAACCCUCAUUUAAGCCCUUUGAAGAUACGCUGAUCACCUCUCCCGCGUUUAAAGUAGUUUUAAUUCAAUUCUAUUUCAAAAGUUCCGAGGGAACCUCAAAGUGUCCUCUCACCUCAAACAGCUUGCUCUUUAACCUCUCAUCGUCAAGUUCCUCCAGGUAAGAAUUACUUAAUUGUUAACGAUUUUACGUCUCUAGUUACCUAUAAGCUUAAAACAUUUGAUCAUUAUACCGGGGAUAUCUCGACGUAUGGAUAGCGAGGAGACGAGUACGAAAAUCUUGAGCGAAAGCCAUUUUCCGAUAUGAUCUUUUCGUUAGAGGUGAUGGCUCGAGAAAGAUCGUGGAGUUAUGUUUGAACUUAGGAAUACUAUUUCGUUUUAGAAAUUUUUCCUGUAGUCACUAGAGUACUGAGGAGCAUUUCAUCGCCCGAUGUGAUUCCUAACGUUUAACUUGGUCAUUCAUCACAGCUUUUUGGCCAGGAGUGUGAUAACCUGAGCAAUAGUGACGUUUAAAACUCCAAAACAUGAAAAUGUUUUAGAGCUGGGGCAUACUGAAGUUUCUUAUUGAUCUUACUCCUAGCCUCCAGAUGAACUAGUGCCUUGAGACGUAUUCGGAGAAAGCGAGACACCAAAAGGCGAUCGGAGUCAGUUUUGCAUUUGAUUGGUCUAAUAUGAAACAUGCGGUUUCAAAAGUGUUACUUUCGACGCUCCUUUGAGACGAGUAGUUUUUCCAAAGCUUAAGCUGAAGAACUGACCUUUUCCACCGUUCAUUGAAUCAAAAUUACUUUGUGAUUUAUUUUCACGAUUCCUACAGAUAGCCGGUAUGAAAGUUUUAUAUGCCAACAAAUCGAAGCGGAUAUAGCUAAGAUAAAAGACCUCGAAGUUGAACAGAUAAAAACAGCGAACCACGACAUCGCUUACUACGUCAAACGGCAGAAUGAAAGUCCAUUUGAGGAAGGUGACGUGGUGGGAUUCUUUGAAAGAAAAACAGGAGGCACUGUUAUCGAUUUCUUGACCAGUGAUAAUGCUCAUGAAGCCCGGCUGGCUGGUGUAAUAAGUAGGUCAGCGUACCUAGUCGGGAACACAGGGCAAUAUGACGAAGAAGAAGAUGGUAAGUAACAGUUGUUGCAUGUCGUGCAAACAUAAUCGAUAGUUCGAAUUUAUAAAAAGGAUCGCGUAAGCAUCAGUGAUUGUUGCUCUAUAUACUUAAAGUAACUACGAAACCCAACAUUUUAGCAACGAAAGUCGCUUUUAUGGAUGUACAAGACUAUGAAGGCUUAAAUUCCAUGGCCUUUUCUAGUCGCCUGUUUUUGUACCUGGGAUCGUGCUAUACGUAUGUUUUAAAAAGGGUUGCUUUUUGUUUUGUUUUUCUUUUGGGGAAGGGAUGAUUACAAUGUCGUAGAGAUACCUUGUCUUUUUAUUUUUAAUUUAAACCUAGAUAUUUGUGAUAUUUUUCUUUGGCCAUGUGAACGUAAGGGUGGGGGGGAAGGGACGGUCUAAGAUCCCCCUGGAACCCAUUUGAUUUCCCAAACCCCCCUCCAGCCGAUGAAUAAUAACCGGUCCCUAACUCUGUAUCUUUGUAACACUCAGAUGCUGAUCUUGUGUGCAUCAUCGGACAGAUUAAAGUGAAAGUCAUUGGCGAAGUGAGACCUGGACAACUGGUUUACGCUUGCCCCAGUAAUAAGUUCCCAGGGGUGGCAAUUGCCACACCAGAACAAGGUAAAAACAAAUUGAUAUAAUUAACACAGAGAUAUAGUUGGGUUUGUCUGUACAGUUACAGGUUCUAUCAGCUCAGUACCACUUGAAAAACCAACAACAUCGUAUUUUAUCUCUGUUUGAGGGUAUAGACAAUGGAGAUUACCCCGCCACCUUUUGGAGAGCUAUCUAGACAGUGAAGAGGAAUUUGAAUCCGAGAAAAAAAAUUUGGAGAAGAAUUUAUAUUAAUUCCUUCACCACAUUUAAAGUUAUGCCUGGUUCAUACACCAUCAUAAAUUACAUUUUUGUAUCACUUUUUCUUGAUUCAAAGAAAACUGUGCAAUUGGCUACCGCCUAGCUACAAUUUUAAUCGCACAAUUUAUAAUUCUGCAAGGUGCUCCGGCGAACUUUUUAACAAAAAGAUCCCAUAUUGCUGCGAGUCUGUUCAGCAAUAGAUCAAAGAUGGUGUCUAAAUGUUGUAAGAACCAAAAGGUGGCACACAGGACACAGCUGGGUGUGUCACUGAUGUACUUUCCACAUUAUGACGUUUUCUGUGGUCUGUUACUGAACAGACCCACGUUAAUAUCGAAUCUCUUUGUUUUAAGUAAUAACGGAGCAAAAAGUAGUUUAUGGUGACGUCAUCUAUGACGUUGUCCUCCAAUAGAUCAUGGGUAAGAACCAAUCAAAAUGUGUGAAUGAUUGACCUUAUUAUAUAAUUCGUAUUACAUAGGUCAAAGUCUUCACUGGUUUUUUUUUAUCUUCUUUGUAUACAAUACCAACCAAACUAAGGAUGUAAUUAUGAAAUGAAGGUUAAUUCGUUUAAUUUGUCUCACGAUGAAAGAGUCAGGCUAAUCAAUCGUGUAUUGAUCGUAACUGAUACACGAUUGAAGAGGUCAAGAUUAAUCAGCCUGACCCUUACAUCGUGAGACAAACUAUUGAACGUUCAUUGAUCUUGAAAUUACGAUGAACGACAACCUUUUUUGAUGUAACAUGUCUUUGAUUCCCUUUUUUUCAUUUAGGAGACGAUCGACGAACCUUGAUCGGCUAUGCUAUGGGUGGAUCGUCUGGUCCUGGGGUUUCCAAGGUGGACUGCAUUGUGUCUUUAGUACUGAGCAUCGGUGUACAGGAGCAGUUACGAGCGUUGGAUCAAAUGAGACUAAGUAUCGAGGAAGUGAGGGAAAACCUGUACACUAGUAUAGAUACAGUUGGUUUUAGAAUUGCAAGAAUGCAAAGAGGCUGGAGAGGUAAGAGGUGUAGAAGAGAUAGAGUGAAAUAAACGAUCCAGGGCUCCUUAUGUCACCAUUAAAAUUAUUUUUCAGAGACAAUUACUUUGAUAAGUUUAGGAAGAAUUCUAGAAAGUUGCCAACGCCUGCACUUGUUUUCUUUAACGGUGUUCUUCGCUUUUUUUUUCUGUUUGAUUGACACCAAUUGCAAAUGACAUACUUACGAAAUUUGGGCUGAAUUUUCAAGAUGCACAAGAUAUAAGAUGACAUAUAACAAUGUCCUGUGACCUCUUUCUGGGGACACGCAAAAAUGUUUGGGAAUGCUGUUAAAUUAGGUAUCCAAGGGUAUAUUAUAGUUAAACAGUGACGAAAUUCCACUGAACACGACUUCAGCUGACGUGAAGUCUGAGAUGUCUGGAACUUUUGAUAACAGGACACCACUUGUUCAACAUCGCAGUACAAACCUAAUUAUACUUAAAGAUGAUUGGAUUCGAUUUUUCCAUGAUAGCAUCUCAUGGUGAGGUCCCUUCUAGUCUCUGAAAAGACUCUCCUCUCUUGUUUUAAAACUACUGCCACUAGAGAUCACGUUUCUACCACAUGGCAGGGAACUAUCUUAGUAUGUAGAUAUUAACCCUUUAACUCUCAGAGAUGAUUAACUUAUAACUUCUCCCUAUAAUAUCCAUACAUUAUCCAGCGAACUGGUCGUGAGAAUACUCAGGCUUAUCAGGUACGAGAUAUUAUAAUGAUCCAACGCCGAAUUCUUGUAACAAAUUUACAACGAAAUGUGUAGCAGCUAGAGGGGAGAAUUGACAAUCCAAUUUUGGGAGUUAAAGGGUUAACAAAAUAUCUGAAUGAGUGCGAGAAAGAAUUAGUUGUACGCUUGGCACCAAUCAGAGUUCGGACAAUGACACCAAUGCAUAAUGUUGUAUUUUUUCAUUUUUUAGGGUUGUGGAAAAAACUGCUUGCAGUAACUGUAUUCCUGGCAAUCGCAUCUGUCGUUUGUGCCCUGAUGUUAGCUCCAAGUUCUCCAUACGUCAAAGCCAAGUGCAGAGCUAAUAGUAUUAAAGGCCACACGCUCACCUUUAAAUUCUAUCCUAAGGAUUCGGACGUAAGAGUUCUUUUCCUAUUAGAGCGCUUUCCGAUUUAGUGUCGCAGAAUUAAAACGAAAGUGACCAUAACAGCCAAUCAGAGCGAAAGAAAAUAUUAUAGGGAGCCAAUCAGAAUGAAAGUAAAAACAAGCUAAAUGCCUAAAGCGCGGGGAAACGCGGUUUACUUCGCCGUGCGACUGGUCGUAAAAACUCGCAUCUCCCUAUUAGCGCCUCUUAUCAAAUAAAAUGAUUUCUCGCGUUUUCCCGCGUUGCAAGAAGUUUGCUCGUUUUUACUUUGAGAUCUCAGUGGUUCCUUAUGGCAUUUUCCUUACACUGAAUGUGUUUGGCCAUUUUGGACCCUUUUUUGCGGCUUUUUCGACGCUCAAUCGCAAUUCGCUCUGGAAAGAAUUUAUAACGAUUGACUUAAAUGAAAAAUAUUCCAAAAUUACAAAGCUGGGUUGUCACUCGAGCUCGUUUGUCCUCGAUUUUCGCAGGAUCUUAAAUCACGAAGCUAACAAACACAAUGAUUCCAGUUGUUUCUCUAAAUCUGACUCUUCUCUGUUUUGUUUCCAAGGACGAAGUUAUUGUGAAAGGGUUGGAGUUUAGAUGGGAAAAGCUGAAAAAGAAAUUAAGCCUGAGAUUCGACAAAAUAAAUAGAACAGGUUGGUAUUUAAACAUUUGAUCUGCUCUUUUACUUUUCCCUCCGAUUUACAGGAUUGACCAGAAUGUUAUUUCCUCUACCAAUUUUAACACCCUGUUAAGCAAGCAGGUAAAGAGAAUUAUUAAACAGACCGUGCGGAAAGCUCCCUAAUCCUGUGCUCAAGCCAACACUCGAAUGUUGUGUUUAUGUCUGGUUAUUAAGCAAAAAGUUGGGGGAAACACGCUUAAACGUUGCAAAAAAAAAAAAAAAAUGGCUGAAGAGGAAUAGAUGAACGAAAAGGAAAUUGGAGUUCCCUACUGAGCAAUAAUGGACCCUAACACUGUUUAGUUGUUGUUGUUUUAGAAGUGGCGGGAAAAGGGGGGGGGGCGGUGCGUGAUUUAGCUAAGUUGAGUUAACAUGUCAACUCACAACUACGGUUUUCAUUUUUUAAUUGAUGGCAUUGCAACUGCUAUUUCCAUUAUUAUUUAUAAAUAUUUUCAAAAUGAUCAACAAGAAACGAAAGAUGAAUUUUAACGAGGUUCUAUUUAGUUCUGUUUGCUCCAAGCACUGACUUACGUUAUCAAAUUUGGUUGGAAAUUCUGUUUCCAGUUCUGGUAAAAAUUUUUCAAAUGACCCCAAACACAAUGUAACCACAUAUAAGCUCUGUAAUUUGUUGGAUGUAUUUCACGGGUUCUGGUAAUAAACAGUAGGCUGUUGUAACUCUGCAGAGGAAUACCGUUACUUUCUGAACAAGAUUCGCUGUGAAACCGGUGGAAUUCGUUCUGUUGCAUCAUGGCUUGAUCCGUCACCAGUGGAACCCAAGGUCAAUGUGCUUGCCGUAAAUCCUGACUGUAAGGAGGUCUUCUACCACAGUCGGAAGGAUGGGAAAUGGCAACAGUACCACGCUGUGGAAGACGUUUAUUGUAAUCCAGCGUCAGUUCCUUAACAAAAAACUCUCAGAAGUAGAUAUUGUAGUGAUACUGUAUUGUAGUCGGUUUUCAUGCAAUGUUGAUGAUUAUUGCUGUUGUGGUAACUGGAUUUUCCGUUAUGAUAAGUAGAUAACAAUAAUGUCGAAAGAAGAAUUUACUAAUUUUACUUGUUCAUUAUCUCGGUAAAAGUUUCAAUUUCUCGUGGAUGUUUGUACAUUUAAAGACACUGGCAAUGACCGACUGAAUCAAAGGUUGGAAUGUUUCGUUAGCGAUCGAGCGAAGUAGACCUAGGGUAACAGGAGCGCUACGUAAUUUGAGCCACAAACACUUAAAAGCAAUAGUUUCAUUUGCUGUGUUGAUUUGAAAACAGACCUGGCCUUCAAGAGUGUGAAUGUUUUACUCUCGACAUGGUUUUACAGGGAACCAGCAGUGCAGAAAAACGUAUAUUUUCAACCUUCAGAACAAAUAUAGGAGCCGAAACGUACUCCCUCGAGGGAGAUGUGAAAUUGUGAAGUAAAACCCAGAUGACGCCAGAUGUUAAAUAAACGCAGAAGUUAGGUAUCUCAAAAAGAAAAACGUCGUAAUUUUGAGAGUCUUGCGCAUAUCCACUAUAUGAAUUGCUUUAGUGAUACCAUAGGCGCCUCUUGAAAUUAUCAUCAACAUAGAUAGCAUGUAGAUAGACUUUAAUUUUAAAAGUAGGAGUAUUUUUGUCAAUAUUUUAUACCAGUGUAGUGAUAGGAACAGUUUCUGGUAAAACAAGAAACCUGAUGGAUUUUUAGGAAGAUCUAUGAAGUAUCAGACCGUGAUCUAACUAGUUGGUGUUUACCAGUUGCUCUCAGGAAAUGGUUUUUAUUUUGGGGCUCUUUUCGCCGCAGGCUCUUGACAAACGUAGGAACAUCUUAAUUUCGCAUAGUAACUAAUUAAACGCCCAGUUAUGUGCGUACUGAAGUGAAGUCAGUAGCUGAAUUUUAGCUUUUCGUUGAGGAAAAGGAAGUCUCGAUCUGCCAGAGUGGGUGCAACACUUCUGACCUAGCGAAACCGAGCAAAAUGAUAAAGUAGCAAAUAUUACAGAGCUCUGUGAGCUCGGGAUUGAAGAAUUCUAUUAUUACAGAGAUCUAGCCUGAUUUUAUUCUACGAUGGUCACGUACAUUGGUUAUUUAUGUGAUUGCAAUAAACAUUUGUCUACGUGUUAGUGCUUCAUUGUAAUGAAAAAAAAACCUUCUGUGUGCUUAAUACGUGAUCUAACAACAACAUCGAUUUUGAUGGAAGCGAAAUAAUUUGAAAUCAUUACUAAAUAUUGAACGUUUUAACGGGGCAAAAUUGACAUUUAAAAAUCACGUUAAUGGGUUUACAUCACCAAUAAAUAACCGCAGGUUAUCUUAAAUCCGCAACAGUAAAUCACGCAUUGGUUGUCGUUUAAUCAAUAAUGUUCCCGCAACAAUUAUAACGUUUCCCGUUAGUGGUCCCUCCCAAAGCUUAGCGUUGAAAAAUACGAAACAAAGAAAGCUUUUAUUCUCUCUUUUUGGUCUCAAAAGCAAGACUAGUAACCAGCUUUCUGUUGAGGUAAGUUAGUAUGUUAUCGGCCAAGCUUCAAUAGACGAAGACCGCCUCUCCUUCAACAGCGCUUUAAGUCCGUCUUCCAACAACGAUAUGAGUGCAAAUCUUCAGUUUGAGUUACGGUAAAUUGACCGCUGGUUCUCUUUAAAAACAUGUGUCCUCUGAGUAUGUUUUUACAUUUGUAUUUGUGAGGAAUGAAAUGUUAAGUAUGCUAUGAUGUUUUCCCGGUCGGUUUCUUUGAAUGAGCAGGUUGUUGAUGUUAGAAUUAACGGUUAUUGCAUUUUUUUUCUCUUUGAUUUCCCGUUAAUAUUUUAUCUACUUGAGUAAAUAGCUUGUAAUUUUAAGAGUUCUUAUGCCUUCUUUUAAGCUUAUCGUGAUGUUUCAUUAGAUGCCUCUCGAAGGAAAAUAUGACUCGGCGAAUGUCUCACAGUGUCUUCAAAUUUAAUUUAAAUUACACUUAGUUUUUCAAUUGCUGAAAAGUUUUUCAAUUUUCCAAGAUUGGGUUACUGUACAACCAGCCACCUUGACUUUAUGAACGUAAAUUAACGAAAACAUUACUGCUAAAGCGUGUAUUUCUCAUUUGCUUGUAGUCGGUCUUCCAUGUGCAAUUAUUUUUAAGACAUCUGCCUGAUGUUGUUUUGAAGCUUCAAAGCCAAUCGUUUUGUGAGGUAUAUCCAUUUAGCUGAUAUCUCCUGCUAUUUUGAAGUUCAUUUCAGCUUGACUCACCACCGAAAGGCUCCGAAAAGACGCCUCAAGUCAAAACUGCAAAACUACUAACAAAACUUUUCUUCUUUGAGGUAAGAGCUUUUUGUAUUUAACAAUUUACUUACGAAAUCAUAUCAUCUUUUUUUUGUUGAAAGAAUCAAAGGUUUAAGGAAAUUUCGCCAUUGCAGACUAAAGAAAGACAGUUCUCUAUUGAAUAUUGCUGCAGUAUGUCUUAGGUUAUUCGGCGAUUAUAUAAAGUUGUUAUAACUAUGCGUGAAAAGUUUGCCUGCGUAGAUUUUCAAUGUAUCAAUCUUCUUCGUUUCGACGAAAAGUAAACGGUGAUUUUUUUUUUAAUGGCUAUACCAAUUAAAUCGUUUUUAACUUCAGGCACAAAAAAAAAAAAAAUACGUUGUGUCUGAUUUCACGUCUCCGAGACGAACCAUUAUUCAGUUUUGUAAACUUAUUUGCAAAUCACUUCUUAGUUGUAACUACCGUGGGAAGGUUUCUACUUUUUCAAGAGAAAGAAGAAGUAGAGAUUUUUUUAAAUGGAAAAUUUUUUCGUUAGACUCUGAUUUUUAGCAAUUGCUUUGUUGUAAAUUUAAACUCAAGUUUAUCCCGAAAAAGCUCAAUUCGGGCGAAAUUUUUUUCAUCUGGAAUUUGAUCAUUAAGGCUAGCGAUGUCCAGGGUCAAGAAAAGGGAAAAUGAUGUCUUCAUUACGUUUCUUUGCUAUGGACUAAAGCUGACGUUUCGAGGUGAAGCCGUUCGUCAGUCUUCAUGGUCGUCCAAGGAUUUUUUUCCAACCCAGUUAUGUUAGCAAAAAAAAUUCUUUUGACGGGGUAUUUAAGCAAAAUGGGUAAAGGCUUCCCAUGCGAGCGAAGCACCAUUUCGCCAAAGCGUAUCUUCAGUGUGAGGUACUUCAAGGGUAAUUCAUUUUGUUCCCGUUCGUUUCGAAUGCAUAAGUCGCACAACAAGGGGUCAUUUUUGGAGAUAUGGAAAUUCCCCCAUACGGAUGGGUUGUUUCUCUUUUAAGAUGACGUCUUUUUAAAAUUUGCGAAACAGAGCCGGAGUUCUUUGCAUAUUUUCCUACGAGAGCAUGCUCUGAAUUGAUAAUUUUGAUUGGUAACCAAAGUUUAAUCAUUUUUCUCGAAGAUAUAUUUAUUCCAUUAGAAAUCAGUAUUACAACGGUUCAUUUCGUAAACAAUUUUUUUGAUUAAAUGACUUUUCCUCGUUCAAUUCAAGAGUAAGGAAAACUAAAUUAAGCAAUAGACAGCACUUCCUAUCAGUCUGUUGGCAUAAUGACCCACACAGGAUCUUAGGAGAACAUGCAAAAAGUUAGUAAAGUACGGGCCAGAGGCGAAUGAUUUACAAAGUUUUUGAGUGCAUAGACGAUAGGUUUUUGACCAAUCAGAGCGCUCGUCUUAUCUCAGUAAUUUUAUGAAACUUACUGUUUUUGGGAAUAAUUCGCACAGGGAAAAACUUCAUUUUAUUCAAACCAAUGGACUUUUCUUUCAUAUCUAAAUUAUCGAUGUAAAUUGGCUCACUGAUGAAAGAUGGGAAAAGAUUUAAAAAAAUAUGUCAUUUAACUGCUUAUUGCACAAUUCAAAAUAUGUACAGAGCCAAAACAUUCCUUUGAAUUUAUUUUAAUGUUAAGAGCAAUGGCUGUUUAAUCUUUUUCUCUGAUCGUAUCGCGAAUCGCAUUUUAAAACUGGUCGACUUAAUUAAAUCAAUGGGUUUUUUUAUGAUAAAGUACAUGUACUGGACAAAUCAAGCAUAAUUGAUUAGUGCAAAAACGUGUUUUAGGUUGAGUUUAGAAUGAUAACAAGAUGCGAUUGACCUUCGCUAACAAAUGAGUUCAUGUUUUUGGCAAAUCUCGAAAAAUUGCUUUUAUCUUCCUUUGUGAAUUUUUCUAAAGUAAGUGUUAAGUUGCCAGUUUUUUCAUUCUUUUCAUUUAAGCGGAGUAAAUGAAGUGCAGAGAGACCAGUAGAUGUGCAUGAGUAACGCUUCACAUGUAGACAUUUUGUUCACGAACUAAAGAUUGUUUGUAUUAAACAUUCUUUCUUUUUUCUAAGAUAAUCAUUUAAAGAGCUUUUCAGAACUCAAUCUACCGAACAAGAUUACUCUUUAGAACCGAACACUUUGGGUUGCAACCUCUGAAUCGAUUAUGACCUCGUCAUUUGACCCAGAGAAACUCAAAAGCUAGCAACGUCAGGUGUGCUUGAAUAUUGAAAUAAAUGAAAUAAAUGAAAUGUUUUUAUAAUUGUUAUAAAAUAGUCUUUAUGACGUCAUUGUACAUGUGUAAACACAAAUCUAUGCCCAAUGUUUGUCGAAUCGCUAAAUUCCAAAGGUUGUACUAUGAUCUACCUUCAGUUAUGGGGGAACAUUUCAUUAAUUCAUGGAGAGUUUCAGUACAUCAUUCAAAACGCGCUAAUCUAACUCUCAAGAUUGCUAGUGAGACUCUGUAGACAUUUUGUACUUAUCUGAUUCGUUUUCGAGGAAGUGUUUAUCUUUUUCCCUUCACUAUUAAUUAAUGGUUCGAUAGUGUGCCUAUAAUGUGUUUAGCUCUUGGCUAGCGGUAAGAGUAUCACACAGGACGCUAAUCAUGAUCGAAAAUCGAUUUAUUCAAGAAUAUUCUAAUCAUUCGUCACUAAUCGAGGCAAAUAUUUGAUUUGCAAAGUUUGUCUAUUACAAACUACAGCAUCUGUUACUUCAAUAAUAUUAACAGAAAUGUAUUCCUUUCGCGACGAAAACAAACCUUUCUAGAUUUUGCGAUUCCUUUUAAAAUGAUCGUGCGGAAAAAAAGCUUUGACUAAACUGUGAACCAAACGCUACAUAACUACUAAAUUAUUAACAUUGGUAAUACCUCACAAAUACGUUUUGACUGAAACGAAUUUGAGACAUUUCCAAUGCAGUAAACAAUGCAAUUAAAUUUAAUGGUAUUCUCAAAUUUUAGUGGCAUUUUAGCGAUUGUUGCUUUUUGUUUCAAUCUUCCAUUCCCGAAGAGCUGAUUUAGUAAUUAUUUUUGAAUAGACUUAUAUCUUGUAGCAUUACUUAUUUUUAAUUCAAUGUGUUUGAGGCAAUUUACACCUGCUGGCCAAUAAGCGUGAAAAAGGAUGUUUAAUUUUUCUGGCCAAUGGGAAACGAUGUCGAAAAAUGAAUCUUAUUGAUAUUAAUAGCUGUUGAAAGAUUCUAGAAUAGGAGGCCAGUGAGUUGAAGCUUCUCUCUAGAAAAAAACGUUUCAUUGAACACUCGGUCGCUCUAUUAUACUAACACAUUAUUUACACUAAACCUUGUUAUCUCUCCUUAGAAAACCCGCUCAAAGCAGUAUGGGAGUUUCGUUUACAACGAGGAAGGGAACUGUCGUUAUCUGGUUCCUAAUUAUAACAUUCUUUCACGGACUACUAACAAGGUAAAUAAUGAGAAAAAUUCACACUGAAUAUAUAUUUAAUUAUCUAGACAAUAUCCUUGAAAGUAUUCAGAUUCGCACUAAAGAAACUAUCAAUGUUUCGUUUACCCUUUUCCUUCUUGCGUAAUAUUUUCAAUGCUCAUUGUUCAGGAAUACCGACUGCGAUUCUCGACUAUGUUUUUCUUGUCAUACCCAAAACAGCGUGGGACGCCAAGCUGACCAGAAAAAUGCCCGAAGUUUACAAAACAAUCUUUCUAUUUAUAUGAAGUUUGAAUGCGAAAUAACCGCUCUGAAGGGAACGUACAAAACUGUCAAAGUGGAAAAAAACUCAACAGUCGCUCGUGUAUUUUGUCACCUUUUUUUUAAAACCCAUAAUGAAAGUAAUUUAGUAAUGGUAACAUAAUGGCAUAAACAAUGUACAGUAGAAAUUGAAGUACCUCGAAACGACCGUACUUUCUCACUAUAAACCACAUCUAACUUUCUCCUCUGAUAUUCAACUCUAAUGUUGAGUACUCAAAUUGGAGAUUUUUCAUAAAAAAAUGGUUCACAGAAAGCUCGCACGUUUGAGAUGUUUAAGGACAUUAAAAAUGGUUCAUACACGUUUAGUUUAGGUGUUUUUAUUUUGCAUUAUAAAAAUAUGAAUAGGGGCGUGUAAGCUACGAAACUGAGAUCAAUGGAUCUCAAUUGAACGACAAAACUUCCUCGGAAACACGGUUUUUUUCCGUCGGACACCCACUGUAAGAGAGUUAAUUUUUUUGAUGGGAAUGUAAAGGGAGGUCUCGGCAUAACCAUUAUCAGUUUGAUCGUAAGCGAAAAUAGAUUAGGAAAACAAAUCUAAAUUAAAAUACAUUUUUGAAGCAACAGUGGCGAAUAUUUUGAUAAUUCUUGACGUAUUUCUAAAUAUAGAACCAAAGAGGAUUAUUAAAAAUUUACUUCUUUCCGAAUUAAUUUACUGUUUAUCAUUGCAAAUGAAAUUAAUUGUUUUGUAUUUUAUAACGCAGAAUUUGUUCCUGUCUUCCUUCCUCAAUUACGCAUAUCACAGACAAAGAACUGACUUGCUACAAAAGUGUCAUUCAGUUACCGUUUAACUUACACUCCAUGUUAUUUCAUGCUAGCUACACCAAAACUUUUGUAUUUACAUGAAGCUGAAAGACCAUUUCUGUUGAAUACCUAACUGACGUUUUUCCCACCUAAAUGAAUACUCUGAUGAAAAGGGAAAGAAAUAUUUUUCGGCUUGUUGUACUUGGUAGAGUUUCUCCCUAUAAAACUAUGGAGGAUUUUGAAAGAUAAAGUUCUAACGAGUCCAACAGAUCACAACACGAACUCAGUAAGUGACGAGUCCCUUUUUUCACACUUAUGAGUCUUACUCGUUCUUGAUAUCAAUACGACGAAGUACAUAACGAGCUUGAAUUUAAAAUAUGAGAUAGCAAUUUCAUAAAUAGGUGUAAGGUUGUUACGGUUUUUCGAUGCACUUUUGUUUUGGUACCACUCCUAUAUUAAACAUACAGUUUUAUUUAUUCUACCGAGUCUAAAAGCAGAGCUUUCAUUCUGUAGUUUUUGCACGAGAGUACAAUAAAGCAAUUUGCCUGAAAAAGGCUUUACAAUUUUGAAAGGACAGUCGUCUUGACGGACAGACCGACGGAAAUCAGGUGAAAAUCAAAUUUCCAAGCCAGGAUUGAUUGUUCACUUUCAAUAUUCUAUAUAUUUUAUUUUGUAUUGAGUCCCCAGGCUGGAAUUGUGUUCAUACUAACCUUAAAAUUUAAAACAUGGCUACAUGACAGAAACAUUGGACAGGAAGUGAAUUCAGAGUCCGUUAUUUCCAAAACUGAAUGACGUAAGAACCUUUUUGAUGUAAAUAAUUUACUCAAAAAAAGAGGUAUCUCGCUGCUUGACACCAACAGUGAUAACUUUAAGCCUACAACAGAUGCAGGUAUAAGGAGAGAACGCGGUCAUUCGCAGCCGGCGGCCCAGCACGUACUACUGAUAAGCGCACGGUUUACGUGCGGUAUUUUCCGCACAUCAUCGUGUUUCUCUUAGUUAAGUUUGCAAAUUUUCAAAAUUCAUCUAAAUUUUUCGGCAAAAUGACGAUGACGUUUUUUUUUCUCGAUAUAAAAUAGUAGCCAAACUUUUAGUUGGAUGUAUUCUCUAAGGCUUCAGAUUAGAUAGCCGGCAGUAUCUCUUCCUUCUAGCAUGAUGUUUGAUAAUCCUUGGGUACGAACGUAUGAUGAGUUCAUGACGCCCCUAAUAUUUUCCGCCCUCUUGGUUUUGUUUUUUUUUCAUUUCUUUCAUUUUAUUUGUGAGAAUUCUUUGGGAAUGCUUCCGCUCUUAUUUUCCUCACUCCGCACCUUGGAAAGGAGGUUUGGGUCUAAAAUUGGCUAUUCUGAAGAUAUACUAAUGGGAACGCAAUUUUUUGCAAGUGUAUUUUAUCGAAAUUUCAAUCCUAAAACAAGAUCGUAAAACUGAUGAUAUGGUCUUGACUACGUAUUUUAUACUUGACUGGAUCGUUUCCAGUCUGUGCGGUUAAGGUAUUGUAUUUGCAUUAAGUAGAAGAAUUGUACUACAUCGAUUCCCUCAAUGCCGAGCCGGAGGCUAUCAUAUUCAAUAGUUAACUGAGUCAGCAUUUUUUUAAUACACUUUGUACAAAUAAGCAUUGAGAAGCGCAUAAAGUUCUACAAAUUUAGAUUUUGCAUGGAGCUGAAUCAACGGAAGAAUCUUUAAAUCUUGGAAUGUGUUAAUUCUCGUUUGCACCGCCCCUUCCCACACAGUUCAAUUUUAUCCAUAGAACUUCUUUUUCUGAUCACCUUUAGAAUCCAAAAAGAAUUUCUGAAGUAAAAAGGACUUUAUCAUUGGUCGUUACAUUGUUCAGCGUUUCAAGUACUUUUGUCCUGAUUGUAGAAUUCGAAAAACAGUAACAACGUAUUCGUGACGGCCUUAAGAGUAAUCCUAAAAAUGGACUGUUCAAGUAUUGUUUGUUGUAUUUUAAAGUGGUAUUUGUAGGGACUCGGAUUGGAAAUUCAGCUAACCGCAGCGACCACUUUAACACGGAAUGUGAAUGAAUUGUUAUAAAUGAGACAUGGUGAUAUUUACAUUUAUGGUGUAUCUUUUGUUUCGGUUAAACCCUGCAGGACUUACUUGUUUUAAAAAAAACAACAACAAAAGCAGUAAUAACUCAACUGCAAAAACAUCAAAAACAAAUUUUGUCACGCAUCCAAAAUGUAACUUAACAAUAGUUUUUGAGGUCCCUAGAGGUGUUAAUAAGGCAAUGAGCUCCAAUCCGCAAUUAUGCGUUGGUGGCUAGCAUUAGUGGUUAGCCUUGUAACUGUUUUUCACCUGAAAGCUGAAUCAGAGCCUGGGAUACAAGAUGAGUUGCGUAAUAUCAAGCAGUAUUCUAUACAUACUUUAUUGGGUAUUAGCUGUGAUCUAUUAUUGAACAGAUAUACCGUCAGCAUGGAAACUUUUCACUAAAAAACUUGUGCAGGUGUUUUAAAAAUAAAUGGGCUGUCAGCUAUUCUGCAGACAGAUAACAUCCCUACACACCCAUCCAAAUAACCAUUUAUGACUUUAUUGUCAGGAGUGUCCCAGGAGCUGGUUUAAAACGACUGCCCAGGAGUUUUAAUAGUACUUUGACAGGAAGCAGCAAAAGAAAAGGUAUACCGUAUAUUCAGCUAAAAAGAUAACAAGAAAGCUUAAUCUAGACAGAGUUAUAUUUUUUUUCCAGAAUGAAAAAGGAAUUUCAGUAUUCUUCCUCAUUCCUCGUUCGCACGGGAACCACACCUGUCACCCGUGAGUCGUACCCCUUUUUGCCAUUUUUUGUUGCACGGGAACCAUACCUGUCACCCGUGAGUUGUACCAUUUUUUUUGCAUGGGUACCAUACCCGUCACCCGUGCACGGAACCACCACCGUAAGUUGAACCUUUUUUUGCUCACCCCCGUGAGUUGUACCUUUAUUCGCGUUUUUUUUGGUUUAUUUCGCCUUGGGGGGGGGGAGUUGUACCCUUUUUUUUUUUGUCGUUUUAAGUUGAGGCUAUUGAAAAUUGUAUGUCAGUUAACCGCUAAUAAAGAGGGAACAUAGGAAUUUACAAAGCCUUGUGGGCAAAUCCAAAAUCCUUCGAGACCUAUUCCACCCACCCAGUCGAUGGAUAAUGACCGCUCCCUCAUCCAAACCGCCAUCUUUGAGGAUUUUUUAGUUGGACUGCAUCCUUUUUCAUCAGUUAAUUACAGCUCGUAAAAUGAUUAUAACGACAUCUUUUCAUUCCUCUGAAUAGCAACCCGGUUUCCCGACGGAUCUUACGCUAAAGUAUCUCAUAUUAUCGGCAAACGACUGAAACAUUACGAUAAAAAUGUUCGCCCAAACGACACGGGUGAGGCUUGUUGGAAUAUAUAUAUAUAUAUAUUUUUGUUGAUAUAUUUGACUUAUUUUCUUAACGUUACGAGCGGUUCAACAGUUAUCAUAUUACAUGCAAUUUUAGUAUUUCGUGCCUGCGCAUUUGUCAGUUGUUUAAGGUCCACGAAUUUUCAGAUUCUUCAGUACUUUCGUUUCCUUUUGUCUAGAAACCUCAAAGCUUGCCACACAAGUGUCAAGGGUUGUUUCAAAAUCCCUAAACCCUUUACAUUCUAUCGUCAGCAUGUAUAUUCUCCAUACGGUUUGUGUUGCUGUUGGUGCUGACAAGGGGGAAUUUGUUGAGAGCAAGCAAGAGCUGCUUUAGUUGGCGCGUGAUCAUCUCCUUAAUUCUCGUGACCUUAACGUGUGCUUCUGGAGUGAUAUUCGACGGAUAAAUUAUAUGCUAGUCACUCUUAGGGAUCAAAGAGACACAACAAAUUUAAACACAGUUAUCAUCGCACCAUUUAUUUUGUAGGACCUCCUGUUGAAGUUCUUAUCGAGUUUAAACUAAUGGCAUUUGGAAAAAUCAGAGAAGAAGAUAUGGUAAGUUGAAAGAAAUUUCACUGCGAUUCAAUUUCUCUAGCAAUCAGUACCACGUGAGAGCGAAAGAGGACGAAUCUAGAAAGAGCUUCAGUGCCAUUGAGGCAUCACAGCUUUUCAUGAGUAAGUCUGCCGGAAACAGGACGAACUGGUAUUUUGGUAACCCGUUAUAUGCUCGCUUGUAUACAGAAAGGAAAGUUGGAUCGGCAUCCACCAUCCUCCUGCUCCAGUUAUGAACAAAUUAGUGGAAAAGUUUUGGGGAGAUGAAAGUUAAAAAUAUCCUUGUUUUGUUUAUAGCUAUGUAAGGUAGCAUUUAUGGGCUUCAUUCAUAGAACAAUUAUUUAACAAUUAUGUCAUCUUUCACUUUGAUAAGGACUAUACAAUCGACAUAUUCUUCAGACAGUGGUGGAAAGAUCCUCGAUUGGCGCAUGGACAAGAUAAAGUUUUUAACGCCGCAUUAGAUCCUAGUAAACUGGGAAAAGGAAUAUGGACGCCCGACACGUAUUUCCGAAACGUAAAAAAUUCAAAUUAUCAUUCAGUCAGUAGAGAUAACAUGCGACUGAGGAUUUCUAAGGAUGGAAGCAUUUAUUACAGUGCCAGGUAAAUCAGUGAUUCAACGUAGAGUAACAAGGGCGUAGACCACAUUUUCUUGUAUUGGUGUCUUACAUCAGCGCCCAUCCGGCAAUUAGAGGCAUACCAGUUGUCAUGUUACCAUUGCACAUCACUUUUCCCUAAAACAUCUUUUUUCUCUAAUAUAUUUGGAUUGAGUGGAGGGGGGUGGGGUAAGGUAAGAUCUCCUCGUUGUCUGCCAUACAACUCUUAAGAUGUUGGUUCGGAGAAUUUGUGUUGUAUCUACUAAUAAAUCCCCAAAUUUAUAUUUAUCGUUAUUCUCAUCAAUCGUCUGCUUGAUAUUGUAUGGAUAUUGUGAGGAGAAAUACCAUCUUGGUCACUUAUGGGAGUUAAAGGGUUAAGGUACUUUUGGAAUUUCUGAACCCCUAAAUGAAACUACCACAGAGCUACCAGCUGCUUAUAGUAAUAAGCCCACCCGCAGCCCACCCAAGAAAAAGGAUGAAAGUUUAUUCGUCACUUGCUCCUUCUAUCAGGAUAACUCUCACUGCUCUGUGUGAUAUGGAUCUAAGGCUGUUCCCUCUGGACACUCAGAACUGUGAUUUAGUAAUAGAGAGCUGUAAGUAUAUAUACUUUAAAAUACACGUUCUCAUCGGCACAGCGUUCAGAAAUUAGUAAACUUUUCAGUUUAACGCACUUUUAAAUUGUGGUGAGGUGCGAGUGACAUGAACUUCGUACUAAACAGUGCUAAACAGUAACAGUUCAAGAACAACACAUACAGUACAAAAAAAUUUAACCUGAUUAGAUCUUCUUAUGGUGAGAGCGACCUUCAGCCACUUUUUUGGAAUGUAAGCAUAAUAGCAGAUUGCUUCAGGAAGAACUGUUCAAAAACUUAUAAUAAUGAGGUAUUUUCAAACAGACCACCGUACUGGUGACGCUCUGACGAAUAGCUAACGCUCGAAACGUCAGCUUUAGACACGCUUUGCACUGGCCAAUUACUUUAUCAACUUGGUCGAUAAAACCAAAUUAUCGUGUUUUACUUCCCACCGGUGCAGCACCACAGUUUCUUUUGAAAUCUAUCAUCUUUAAGCCAUUAUGGUUGAUCGCCUUCUCUUGCUGGUGAUAGUUGUUAUCCUCUUCGGCCAGUUUUGUUCGUGAAUGAUAAGAAUUUCAGUGAUAGCUCCAACUUUGUUAUUGCAGAUGCAUACACUGUGGAUGAUGUUAUCUACAAUUGGAACAAUCGAGGCUCUAAGGCUAUCGAGGUGUUCGCAGCUGAACUUGCUCAGUUUGAUAUGCUACAGAUCGUUACAUCCAAGAAAGCUAAUACUAAUAGCAAAGGUGAGGCUAUUAGACGCUUGAAGCAUUUCUGUGGAGGGGGAGCUAGGGAGAAGGGGAGUAUGGUGAGAGAGACAAGGGGGACAAGGGGAUAAGGGGACAAGGGGGACAGGGGGACAAGGGGACAAGGGGGACAAGGGGAUAAGGGGACUGGGGUACAAGGGGACAAGGGGACGAGGGGACGAGGGGACAAGGUGAGAAGGGGACAAGGGGACAGGGGGGACGGGGGACAGGGGGACAAGGGGACAGGGGUACGAGGGGUAGGGGAACAAGAGGACAAGGAGACAAGGGGACAAGGGGACAAGAGGACAAGAGGACAAGAGGACAAGGGGACAAGGGGACAAGGGACAAGGGGACAAGGGGACAAGAAGACAAGGGGACAAGGGGACAGGGGGACCGGGGGACCGGAGGAGAUAGGUAGAAAUGGAGAAGAUAUGAAGGGGUCGGGUUUUUGUGUCGGUGGUUUCCCUGUCCGCCUAGCCUAAAGAAACCUUUAAGCCUAACUUUCUACACUUUUUUAUCCUCCGAAGGGUCCUUCGACAGUUUGAAGGCAACCUUCACACUCAAACGUCGAACAACGUAUUUCAUUUUUCAACAUUUCAUUCCUUCUGCGUUCCUCGUUUUCCUCUCGUGGCUUAGUUUCUGGAUAGACAGACACGCUGUUCCUGCACGUGUCUCACUCGUGAUCACGUGCAUACUCAGCACCAUGUUCUUAUUUGGAUCAGUUAACAACAGUCUCCCUCGGAUCUCGUACCUGAAGGCAGUAGAUUACUAUUUAAUAUCGUCGCUUACUUUUAUCGUGUGCUGUAUGGUGGAGUAUGUGUGUGUCUUAAACUUCACGGAUAAAGCAGCAUCUUUCUUACUGAGGAGUCAAAGUCUGGCGCCGGUGAGUGUCAUCAGUUGUUUAAUCUUUGUUGAAAUGUCAAUAUACUUUCUCCUGUCCGCAAAAGAACUUAACUUACCCGCAAAUCCUAUUGUGUCUGUGUUUAAAAAUAUACCAGCUAUGUUGCUGGCUUAAUGUCUGGAAUUUGGGUGUGCAGAUGAUAGAAACUAUUUCUUUUGAAGUCGGAAUUCCUUCGACGAAAUGUCUAGUAAAUUAUAACAGGUGAACGUUCCUUCACUGAUCAUCAGGCUCGAAUGUACGGAACAGUCGUUGAAUUCAUUCACACGGGGACAUAGCUUUGGUCAUCGCUUUGCGCUAUUUUCAAAUCUCAGUCCAGAAGCUACUUUUAUACCUAUCUUUGUCUGCAUAAUUGUAAACAAUGCAUAGCUUUAAAGCGAUGGAGCGAUGGAGCGAUGGAGCGAUGUAUUGCUGUGAUUGAUUGUUGCCAUGCCUGUUGGUCGUAAAGUUUGUUUUGAUCAACCAAACUAAUCAUAGUCCAGAGCAAUCUUUAACUGAGUGUCGAACUGGUACUCCGGGAUUGGUUUGGUUUUAUUGUAUUUAGUUAUGUGAUUAGUACAGAAACUCACGCCACUUUCUCAACCAAUCCCAUCUUGGUCACUCGUGUUUUCCCGCGCUUCAGGCAGUGACUUGUUUUUACUUCGUCUUCCCAUUGGCUCCUGGUGACAUUUUCCUUGCUGUGAUUGGCUGUUGUGAUUGCUUUGGUUUUGGUUUAACAAUACUCAAUUGCAAAUCGCUCUAAUGUUCAAUUAAUAAUUUCUCUUCAGCCUCCAACACCAAAUCCAACAAAUUCUAUCGCCGAGAUGAUGGACCAGCAAACGUUCAACUGUAACAAAGACCGUCCUUUGAACGGAGUCGCAGGAGGCUUGUCUCUAAGAAAAGGUGUUUUUCUUCACGAAAAUCUUUCUGCAUCGAGGAAAAAGACUCCUAGCGCGAGCAAUGCCUUUUUGGACGGUCUACCCACGAAACAGUUACCUCCUCAUUACAUUGACCAGUACGCGCGGAAAAUCUUUCCACUUCUUUACGGACUGUUCAACAUUGUGUACUGGUCUUACUAUCUUCCACGACGAUAA